AUGACGAGUGAUAUCUGUAACGCAUGUCGAGACGGUGACAUCGAAUUGGUUCGAGUAUUGAUCGAAACUUCUCCACCUGAAACGGAGAUUAAUCGUACUGAACCAAAUGAAAGUACGGCUCUCCAUGUGGCGUCUUAUUACGGACAUGGGGAUAUUGUUCAACUACUUUUGGAUGAUUACGGUGUUUCUCGAGAUCGAAAGAAUGAAUAUGGUUUGACUACCUAUGAAGACGCAGCUACAGAUCAGAUUCGCGAUCUUUUUCAUCAAUCUACCGAAAGGACUAAACGGUUUUAUAGUGAUGAGAAUACUACAAAUCCACUUGAAGUGAAUAUUAACGAAUCACAAUGGCUUCAAUUUCAUCCUACUGAUUAUCAAAUCAAAAUAGAACUUCUUCAUGAAGUUUUCGGCAGUGACCGCAAAAUUUAUUUAUCUCUGUUCGAUUGGAUAAGAAGCAUCUUUGGAAACGAUCCUCGUAGGAAAAAAACCGAAAAAUGGUCUACAGAUCUUCAGUCUCUCGUUAAAGAAUGCUUCCUGGGCAAAAGUCAAAAAGCAAAUUUAUGUAAACUGCUCGAAGGUUAUGUCGUGAAUGGAGAGAUUGAAUAUCUUUUACGUCUGUAUACACUUGAGUUAUCUUUCUGUGAAUAUUUAGCUCAAGAUCAAGACAAAACAAACUGCCUCUAUGCUCCAGUAUUAUUUAGUCUAUCCAGUGUGGCGCAUCGUGCAUACAAAGGACUUUCAUUUCGUGGUUUGACGAUGACACAAAAGAAUUUCGCAGAAUAUGAACGCGCGUUAAACUGCCAUGAAAGUUACAUUCACACAAAAACGUUUUGUUCACGCUGCCCAUAG